AUGGCCGAUAAUAAUUUCGACACAACUUUCCAAUCAACUUCAAAGGUAUUUUCUUUUUUUUUGUUCUAGAAAAUUAAUAAAGAAGUGUUUUUGUAGAAGCUGAUUCUCCCAAAAGCUCCACCCGAAUACGAAUUCUAUGAUAAUCAUGAUGAAUUUUCCACUGAUGAAUUGGUUCGAUUAUUGGCGUUUAUGGAGGGAGAAUUGGAAGCCAGAGAGGAUGUUAUUGAACAUUUAAAGGUAAGUAGUUUUUGGGGAAAAGUAACAGAGUUAUUAAUAUUUAAGUGGAUUUGAGGAAAAACAGGAUUUUUCUGAGGAAAAGCUGAAAAAUUGAUCUUGUCAGGAAAAAUGGUUUUUUAAAGGUACAUACCGUACUCGAUGCGAGUUAGAUGUGCAGGUUCUACCGUAGCAUGCGCCUUUAAUAAUAGGAAACAAAUCACAUUUUUUGCAAGCAGAAAUUUUUCUUCAUCAAACAUUAUUAUUUUUAAAAUUUCAGGCUUGCAAAAAUCAAUUUUGCUUUAAAAAUUACUCUGGAAAAUUGAUCUGGUCAGGAAAAAAUGGUUUUUUAAAGGAACAUACCGUACCUGCGUAUCUAACUCAUCUCGAGUUAGAUGUGCAGGUUCUACCGUACUUUAGCAUGCGCCUUGAAUUUGAAAGGUUGAUUUUUCCGCCCAAGCAAAAAGUUCACAUUUUUUGCAAGCAAAAUUUUUCCCACGAAUAUUUACUUUUUCAAAAUUUUUAUUCAUCAAACAUCGCUGCAGGUUAUUAUUUUCAAAAUUUCAGCUAAUUUCAGGGUUUGAAAAUAUCAAAGAUCUAGGAAAAUGUCGAUUUUUUGAAAAUAAAGAGUUAGAUAUGCAGGUGGUACUGUAUGCUCCUUUUGGUACUGUAUGCACCUUUAAAACCUGUUUUUCCAGCGUGAACGAACAAAAAUCCUGUUGGCCGAAGCGAAAUACGGAAAACUCAGCGUAAAUGAUCCAUUCGCCGCUCUCCGCCGCGAUUCUACAGUAACCAAUGAGAUAAUCGACGAGGAGAAAAUUGCACAAAUGUACGAAUCACAAGUUGAGCAACUGGAAAAAUUGAUUGCUGCGCAGAAAAAGACGCAGAAAAAUGCGGCAUUUGUAAGUUUACAGCUGGAAAAAAUCACCUGAAAAAGUUUUUUUGCAGCUGCUCGGUGCACUUGAUAAGAAGCAUUAUAAAUUGAUUCGAAAAUUGGAGGCGGAUCGAAAUGCGAAAAUAAAAUAUGCAAAACAGGGCGAUGAUUUGGUGGCGGUUUUGGAGAAAGAGAGGGGGAAUUUACAGCAACAGGUAGAGGAAUUUUGACUAGAAAAGUUCAUUUUUUUUAUUAAAAAGGCAUCAAUUCUUUUUUGGUCAGAAAUUUGAUCUUUUUGGUCAUAAAUUGACCAAAAUUUCCCAACUUUUUGGUAAAUUUCUGACCAAAUUUGGGCUCAAAAAAAGCUCAAAAAACAACGACACUCCGCUCGUUCCAACUGUCUGUGAAAGCGGAGUGUCGUUGUUUUAAUUUCAUUUUUUUAAUUGAUUGUUUUCAGAGGUUUCUGAAACACAGAAAGAUUCAAUUUUCAAUUUUGCAAAAAAAUAAUUGGAAAUUUUCGCUUCACAAAGAAAAUGUUUCAAGUUUCACUCCAGAAUUAAAAAAAAAAAUUAUGUUUUCUAGUAGUUUUCGACCAACUUAUCACUAUUCCGUUGCCUAAAUCUGCAGAACUCAACUCCUAAUAUGAGUUAUUUUUGUAAGUGGCAGGGGAUUUUAGGAGCUGAAAACUUGCUGAUUUUCAUUCAAAUCUGACUGAAAAUUAGCUAGUUUUCAGCUCCAAAAAUCUCAAAUUUUUGACUUUGCCACGUCAUAACUCAUAUUAGGAUUCGAGUUUUGGAAUUUUAGACAUCGGAAUAAUGAUCAGCGGCAUACGUCGCAUAGCCUCGUUCUAAAUCUACCAGUGCAUACCCCUAUUAUUGAAAAUUUCUGGGAAAAGGGAUACCCCCUACCCUUUUCCCUUUUUCUUUUUUAUUUGCAGUUGUAAAAACUUGAUAAUCAUAAUUUUUCUUAAAAUUUGAGCUCAAAAUUGCUUCACUUCGGCAAAAAUCUCAUUCUCAUCACUUUUGAGUCAAAUUUUGAUUAAAAAUUUCUAUUUGUCAAAAAACAAAAAAAAUACGUUUCAAAAUUUUGAUAUAAUUUAUUAUCAAAUAUUUUUUUCAAUAUGACUCCUAUUCAAUAAAUCUCAAAUUUUGAUUAAAAAUUCCUAUUUGUCAAAAAACAAAAAAUACGUUUCAAAAUUUUGAUAUAAUUUAUUAUCAAAUAUUUUUUUCAAUAUGACUCCUAUUCAAUAAAUCUCAAAUUUUGAUUAAAAAUUUCUAUUUGUCAAAAAACAAUAAUUUAUUAUCAAAUAUUUUUUUCAAUGUCACUUUCAUUAUGUAUACCUGCAAAAAGCGAUGUUUGAAAGACUUUCGAGAUUCUCAAUGUUUAUACCUUUAACGUGUUCAUUUCAAAACCAGGCGGGUUUUUUCUUGAUCUUUGGGAUUUCGUAUUGAGAAUAAAUUAAAACCAAAAUUCUCAAAAUUUGGAUGAAAAUUCUGAAAUUAUCGAUAGAUAGAGUACAAAAAUGAGAAAAUUUCUGAAGUUUUCUGAAGUGACAACCCCUCCUCGGGUCGAUUACCCCACGCAUGCGACGUAUGAUCAGCGGGUUGAAAACUACUAGAAAACUUAUUUUAUUUUUUUAAAUUCUAUAUGUAGAGUGAAAAUUCCACGCACAUUUUUCAAACCCCAAUUUUUUGCAGAUUGAAUAUCAUACCGAAGAAACACGAAAAGUUCAAAUUGAAAAAGAUCAACUAGAAAUGAAAAUGGUAAAUGAGAAGAAGAAACAUGAAGCAAUUGUAUUAUAUUUGAUACAAGAAAGAAAACAAAUGUUGCUGAAAAUGCACGAAUUGAAAAUGAAUGCCGAACAAUUAUUAUCACAACAAAAACCCAGUACUUCUUCGACGAAUUUAAAUGAUCGAGAAUUGAUUGAAGAAUUGAAGAAGGAAGUAACAUUCCUGAGAUCUGAGAGAGAAUCAUUGACAAAGACGCAGAAAAUUAUGAAGGUUGAGAAUUUGAGCCUGAAGGAGACUGUUAGAGGGCAAGAGGCGGAUUUGCAAUUGUUGAGGAAGAAUUUGUCGAGUGGAAGUAAAAUUGUGGAAAAAAUGACGGUGGGUUGGGAAGAUUUUUUGAAAAAUUAUUGAAAAAAAAAUAAAAAUAAAAUACGUUUCAAAAAUUUAUGAAAAUUAUUUCAUUUUUGAAAUGAAAUAAUAUAGAAAUUUUAUUCCAAAAAAAAAAAAUAAAACUAGCGAAUAUCGCCGGAAACUUGUAAAUGUUAAUAGAAAUUCGAAAAUAUUUUGUAUUUACAGCAUGGAUUUUUGACUUUUUUUAAAACUUGCAAAAAAUUCCUGGAUAUGCUUUUUUUCGAUUUCGAGUUUGUGAAACAGUGAAUUUUCUGGUUGAAAUUGUGCUACGUGGAUUUUCUGGUUGAAAUUGAGCUACGUGAAUUUUCAGCUCAAAAAUUUGCCACGUGGAUUUUCAACAAAAAAUGUUGUCACAUGGAUUUUUGGAAAAAAGUAACUUUAAAAAAUUUCAAAUUGUAUCGAAAAUUCACUGUUUUACAAACUCGAAAUUGAAAAAAAGCAUAUCCAGGAAUUUUUUGCAAGUUUUAAAAUCUUAUAAUUUCAGAAGACAUUUUAAAAUUGAUCUGAAACUCAAAAAUUUGGUCACUAACUCAUAUCUUUUGAGAGAAUUCAUAGAGUUUUUGAAAAAUUAUUGAAAAAAAAAUAAUAAAAUACGUUUCAAAAAUUUAUGAAAAUUAUUUCAUUUUUGAAAUGAAAUAAUAUAGAAAUUUUAUUCCAAAAAAAAAAAUAAAACUAGCGAAUAUCGCCGGAAACUUGUAAAUGUUAAUAGAAAUUUGAAAAUAUUUUGUAUUUACAGCAUAGAUUUUUGGCUUUGUGGAAUUUUUAACAAAAUUUCACUGAAAAUCAAUAAAAACUUUGUUUUUUUCUCGAAAAAUUAACAGCUUGGCUUCUGAAAAUUUUUGUAAGGUGUCUGUUUGUUUUUUCAAUAUUCCUUAACUUGGCCUAACUCUAGAGAGUCAAAAUUUUAACUAUGUCAUCCAGAAUUUUUAUUUGUUAAAUUUAAAUUGGAAUAUUUUAACUUUUCAAAUUUUUAACACGUAAAUUAUUUAUUUUUUCACAUUAACAGGUUCUAGGUAUCAAAAUCCAGUUCUAAUUGAAAAUAUUUCAAUUUUUCUGUAACUAAUCGAAAUUCUGAACUGAAUAUUUGAAAAUCCUGAUUUCAAACCUGGAUUUAGACAAAGUUAAGCAUUUUACAAUUUGAAAGAAGUUUUAAUUGAUUUUCAGUGGAUUUUGAUGAAAAUUUUCACAAAAUUUGCAAUAUUUUUUGUUAGAAAACCUAAAAUUUUGUUUUUGAUUGGAAAAAUUAUGUUUUUUUUACAACAUAUUCAUCUGCAUAGACUAAUUCUCAAAUCUGAAGAUAUUUUUUUUCCAGCUCCCCCAUCUCAAUCAAGACAUUGGAUCUCUAAUCGUUGCAAAUCGAGGUGCAACAUCAGCUGGAUCUACAAUCAAAUCAAAUACAACAACCUCACCAUCAACAGCAAAUUCAUUGAACCCGUCAACAAGAUUAUCAUCAUCGAGUUCGUUUCCAAUCGAAAAAUCGCGUUUACCAAAAGCGCCGCCCUCACCAAUGAUGACGAAUAAUAAUAUAAAUGCACCACGAACAUCACUUGGAGCUGUUGCUGCUAUUCCGGGGUUUGUUUUGUUUUGGGAGAUGGGAAUUUGAACAUAUAUGUGGUUAAAAUUGUGCCACGUGGAUUUCAGAGGUCAAAAAUAUUCUGAUAAUUCAAGAGAUUUGGAAAUUGAUUUUGUUUGAUAAAUAAUAUGAGCUGUUUUAAAAAUCUAAUCUUUUUGAGAGUUUGAUUAUUUUCUAUAAUUUCUCUGAAAAAAUAUGAGUUUUGUUUGAAACAGUGGAUUUUUUUAUUUAUUGACCAAAUUUUUGAGUUCCAGAUCAAUUUUAAAAAUUGCGAAAAAAUUUAUGGCUAAUGUUUUUUCGAGUUUGUGACGAAUUUUUGAUCCAAUAAAAAACAUUUUAAAUCUAUAUUUUUUUCAAAAAAAUAUUACUUUUUGAACUCAAAAAUCCUUAGAGCUGAAAAUCCACGGGGCAAAUUUCAACCAGAUAAUCCACGUGGCAAAAUUUUGAGCUGAAAAUCCACGUGGAAAAAUUUUUUCAUACCCCUAUUAUUGAAAAUUUCUGGCAAAAGGGAUACCCCCUACGCUUUUUCCUUUUUCUUUUUUAUUUGCAGUUGUAAAAACUUGAUAAUCAUAAUUUUUCUUAAAAUUUGAGCUCAAAAUUGCUUCACUUCGACAAAAAUCUCAUUCUCAUCACUUUUGGGUCAAAUUUUGAUUAAAAAUUCCUAUUUGUCAAAAAACAAAAAAAAAUACGUUUCAAAAUUUUGAUAUAAUUUAUUAUCAAAUAUUUUUUUCAAUGUCACUUUCAUUAUGCAUACCUGCAAUCAUCAUCAUUUAUUAUGUAUACCUGCAAAAAGCGAAGUUUGAAAGACUUUCGAGAUUCUCAAUGUUUAUACCUUUAACGUAUCCAUUUCAAAACCCGGGGUUUUUUCUCAAAAAUCCUUAAAGCUGAAAAUCCACGGGGCAAAUUUCAACAAGAUAAUCCACGUGGCAACAUUUUGAGCUGAAAAUCCACGUGGCAAAAUUUUGAACUUGGAAAUCCACGUUGCUAAAUUUUGAGCUGAAAAUCCACGUGGCAAGAUUUUGAACUUGGAAAUCCACGUUGCUAAAUUUUGAGCUUAAAAAUCCACAUUGUUAAUUUUUGAGCUGAAAAUCCACGUGGCAUAAUUUUUAGCUCGAAAAUCCACGUGGCGAAAUUUAGAUGAGCUGAAAAUCCUCGAUUCAUAAUUUCAGCCAGAAAAUCCACGUGGCAAAAUUUUUGAACUGAAAAUCUACGUGGCAAAUUUUCGAGCUGGAAAAACUACGAUUUACAAUUUCACCCAGAAAAUACACGUAGCAAAAUUUUGAACUCGAAAAUUCACGUAGCACAUUUCCAACCAGAAAAACUACGCAGCAAAAUUUGGAGCUAAAAAAUUUCCAAAAAAAAUUGCAAAUUUUCACUGUUUCAAAAAAAAAAAUUAUAAGCCUUCUGUGAAUCCAAAAAAUCAAUUUCAAUUAGUUUGCUGCAAUUUUUCAAAAAUCAGUCAAGAAUUCAACGUGUCUUUCAGAAAUUCUCGAACAAUGAGUUCGCCCGUCAAAAAGACGCCAGCAAUGGGAGUUUCAUCAACAACAGUUCGACGACCACAAACAUCUGGAAAUAUGCAAAUCACACCGGAAUUAGAACAACUUGAAGCUGCAAUUCAAAGUAUGAACGGUGAGUUUUUUGCGGGGAAGGCUUUGGGCAAAAAAAAUAUUGAAAUAUUCUCAAACAUACGUCGCAAAGCCUCGUUUCAAAUCCACCAGUGCACACCUUUAUUUUUGAAAAUUUCUGGCAAAAGGGAUAACCCCUCCCCCUUUUCCUUUUUCAUUUUCAGCAUAUAAACUUGACAAUCUACAUUUUUUGAUAAACUUUGAGCUUCAUUUCGGCAAAUAUUCUCAUUUUCACCGCUUUUGAGUCAAAUUUUGAUUCAAAAACUCUAAUUUUUCUAAAACAAAAAAAUACGUUUCAAAAUUUUGAUAUAAUUUAUUUUCAAUUUUUUUCAAUGUUUUGUAUAAGAAAUAGUAAUUUCGAGAAUAGAUCAAAAGUUUUGAUUCAAAACCAAAAUUCUCAAAAUUUGGAUGAACAUUUUGAAAUCAAAAUUCGUGGAAAUUUUAAUCACUCCCAAUAAGUGUUAGAGUACAAAACUCAGAAAAAUUCUUCAAAAUGUUUUCUCAAGUGACAUUCCCUUCCAAAAACUGGGGUGAGUGAUAACCCCUCCUCGGGUCGAUUACCCCACGCAUGCGACGUAUGUUCUCAAAAAUUCGCUCUGGGAUCUUUUUUUCUUGAAAAAUUCACAUUUUGAGAUCCUGAACCCCAAAAAUCGCUACAACACUCAAUUUUUCAUGAAAAAUUGAAUUUUUGAGGUCUCGGACUUUAAAAAUCGCUACAAGACUGAAUUUUUCAUGAAAAAUUGAAUUUAUGAGAUCAGGAACCCUAAAAAUCGCUAUAGGACGCGAAAAUUUCAAUGAAUGACUUCUAAAUUGAAACUUGAAAAAUGUCUGAAAUAAAUUUUGCUCAAUAUUCGAAAUUCUCAUGAAAAUCGGAUCUUAUAGCGAUUUUUAAGGGUUCGGGACUUCAAAAAUUGAAUUUUUCAUGAAAUAUUGAGUUCUGGAGCACAAACAAUCAUUGAAUUUUUCAUUAAAAAAUUAUUUUGCUGAUCCAAAACCUCAAAAUCUGGAAAUUUUUAUAAAAAUGAGACUUAUAGUGGUUUUUGGGGUUCAGGACCUCUGAAAUUGAAUUUUUCAUGGAAAAAUGAGUUCUGGAGCAACUAUUAGAGUGCAGGACUACAAAAAUUUGUAAUUUUCAUAAAAAUCGGGAGAAAAAACCCCAAAAUCUAUAUAUUAUUGAUGUUGUGAAGUAUUGUGAUUUUUAGUUUUGUCAAAAACCUCACCCCGCACAACAUCAUCAUUUUCGACGUCAACAAUCACAAAACGAAGUUCGAGCCUACCACGAGAGCAGAAUAAUAAUCCGAGAAGAAGUUUGCCAGCUCAAACAAUGACACAACAACAACAAAAAACAACAAAUAUGAACAAUUCGACGAAUUCAAUGAUUUCGACAACGAGAAUUGGUAGGUUUUUGUAGUGAUGUGAUUGGGAAAAAACUGUGCCAGGGUUGCAGAAAAUGGGCGGGGCUUGAAUUUCAGGGGAUUUUAAUUGUGAAGUUUAUAAAUCUUGAGAAAAAACUGUGCGAGACUUGCAGAAAAUGGGUGGGGCUUUUCCAUCAAAAUUCAAAAUUUUUAAAAAUUGGGUGUCAAAAAAUCCCCAAAUCAAAAUGGAUGUCAAAAAUUCCCCAAAUCUCCCGCUGAAUUCAAAAAACUGUGCCAGAGUUGCAGAAAAUGGGCGGGGCUUAAAUUUUCCAUAAAAAUUUAAAAUUUUUCAAAAUUGGCUGUCAAAUCCCCAAAUCAAAAUAAGUGUCGAAAAAUUCCCCAAAUUUCAUGUUGAAUUCAAAAAAAAACUGUGCCAGGCUUGCAGAAAAUGGGCGGGGCUUAUUUUUUCCAAUGAAAAAUUCAGCGCUAAUUUCUUCGCCCCAUACAAAAAAUCCCAUUUUCCAGCCGGACCAUCAAACAAUUUGGCAAGUGAGCGAAAAUUGUCUGGAACCGUCAAACGAAACAACGGAAUUCUCGCAAAAGCAUUCGGAGGAAGUGGAGCAAAAUAA